CGAGGACAUAUGAAUGACGAGAUUGAAGAAAUGAGAUUUACACUCAUUUAUUUUUUAACUUACAGUACACAAGUCACACUUUCAGUCCUCAGUCUCCACUCAAAAUGAAGUGUGCUUUGUAUGAAACAGAAUUAAACGAAUGGUACUGAAUGGACAUUGAUCGAUUUUGAUGUACAUUAAUAAUUUUUGGACAUGCUAGAUAAUCGCAACUUAUCUUAUAUGAGACAUUUCCCAGUUCCUUGUUUAGACCACGACUUAAAUGGUGCAAAUAACCUGUUGUAUUUAUAAACGAAUUCUGAAUUUUAUGUGUCUUUUCUUGUUCAAUAUAUCACACAAGAUACAGUAUCUAAAAUAAUUACUCCUGAAACAUGGAUCAACAGUGGAACAAUGGUGGAAUAUGAAGCUGUCAGAAACUAUUGUCCAAAAUACACUUCGCCUAAAGCAUGCCAAAACGCAACAACAUUGGAUAUAACUUGUUUUUGGUGUGAUGAAGCGAACAUAUGCAUUGAUGAUACUGACCAGAAUGCUCAUAACAUGAAAGUUAAUAACUGCCGUGUUAAG